AUGCAGAUGGUCUCUUAUGGACGUACAGCUGUGAACAUUAAUGGGAAGAUCGGCCCCUUCUUCGCCACACACUGUGGGACAAGGCCAAGGCCGCAGGCCACAUCCACGGGGUUGCCCCGCGGAUGCAUAAGCCGUAGGAUCAUCACUGAUAUUGCCAGGGGCUUAUACUACCUUCACGAAGGGUGCAGGCAGCGAAUUGCUCAUCUAGAUAUUAAACCACAUAAUAUCCUCUUAGAUGAUAACUUCAAUGCCGAAGUUGCAGACUUUGGAUUAUCCAAACUGAUAGAUAGGGAAGAGAGUCGUGUGGUGACACGAAUGAGAGGAACACCUGGAUACAUGGCACCCGAAUGGCUGACACCAAAAAUCACCGAGAAGGUCGCUGUUUACAGUUUUGGUAUCGUGGUCAUGGCAAUCUUAAGUGGAAGAAAGAACAUCGACUACUCUCAGCCUGAUGAGAGCGCUCAGCUCAUUAUGGUGCUACGAGAGAAGGCAAUGAAUUCUCAACUGGAAGAUAUGAUCGACAUGAAUGUCAAAGAUAUGCACUUCUGUAACAAGGAAGAAGUGAUUGAAAUCAUGAAGCUCGCAGUGUGGUGCUUGCAAAGUGACAGCAACAGAAGGCCUUCCAUGUCGGUGGUGGUGAAGUUCAUGGAAGGAGAAAGACGUGUGGAAUCAGACUUGAACUACAACUUCUUCGAUCUAAGCGCUAGGGUCGUUGUGCCAGUUGGUCAACCCAACUUCUCUGUCCUGCCUAAUGCAUCAGUGCUCUCUGCCCCCAGGUGA